AUGCGACCACCCGCCCUGACCCUCCUGAGACAAGCUCCGACGAAUCCGAUCCUUUGUCGAGGGUUUUCCGGACUCCGGCACAACAACUUGCGUCGACCCAUCCUUCAACCAUUAGAUAUAAGAAUUCCCAGCGAACGUCACAUCCAUCCCUUCGCAAUUAUGAUCGUGAAGCAGUCCGCGAAGCUGCUUGCCAUGUUCGGUGGUCGUCGUUUUCGCUUAUGGUGGAAGUCUCUUCCCCCGGACAAGCGACGGCAUUUCAUGGGAAGAAUCCGAGAGCACAAAGCCAAGAUCGCUCUGGCCACCGCUGGUUUCGGAGUGGCCUUAGGAGUCUACUACUACACCCAUCUGCAGAUAACUCCGAUCACGGGUCGCGUGAGAUUCAUAGCAUUCAACGAAGAGCAACAGAAGAAGCUGAAUGAGGUCACCCGGGACGCACAAUACGAAUUGGUGAAAGACCAUCUCCUGCCUAGCAAGCACCCGCACGUUAAAAGGGUCAGUAGGGUCGCGAGACGACUCCUGGACGCUAACAAGGAUAUCGAGGAGAUUUUUUCGAAGGAAUGGUCUGUCUGCGUGAUCAAUAGCCCGACCGAGAACGCGUUCGUUGGUCCAUCGGGACAGAUUUGUGUUUUCCUCGGGAUGUUGGGCGUUUGCGAAAAUGACGAUCAGUUGGGUUGUGUUUUAGCGCACGAAAUAUCUCACGCAGUACUCAACCAUGGCGCUGAAUUGAUGUCGUAUACCUCGUUCUUGGACCUUUUUGUCAUCAUCGGCUUGGCGGCGAUCUGGGCCAUAAUGCCAACCGAUAUCGUUGCCAUAAUUACGCACUGGCUAUUCAACAAAGUUUGCGCUCUCACUCUGGAGCUGCCCUACUCGCGCCUGAUCGAGACCGAGGCGGACUCCGUUGGCCUGGAGCUAGCAGCUAAAGCCUGUUUCGACGUUCGUGAAAGCAGUGCUUUUUGGGCGAAGAUGUCUCUCAUGAGAGAACUCCAGGGAGAAGAGCCGCUACCAGAAUUCUUGUCAACGCACCCGGAUAGCGCUAAAAGAUCCGAAGCCCUCGACGCGAUGAUGCACACUGCGUUCAGCACUCGAGUCGAUCGCCGAUGUCCACCAUUGCCUCGCAAGGAUCCUCGACUAUCCGUCGAAGAUCUCAGAAAUCAGAUAACAGCGCUGAAGAAGUGGCGAGAAGCGAACAGGGAAGGUGUUAUUUUAAUUCCGGUCAGUCGCCCGUGA